GCCAUGAGGUGCUGAAACCUCAUUCUCUUGAUUUGGAGAGCCUGGACCUGAAUGGCACAGCAUGACUUCGCUCCAGCCUGGCUUAAUUUUCCUACUCCUCCGUCAUCAACAAGGUCAUCACUGAACUUUGAGAAACAUCCUGAAAUUUUUUUGUGGACGAAGAAUCAUGAUGAAGCAAAUUACAGAAGACACGGCUCUUCAGAUGGGUUUGAUCCUAACAUUGGAUGGUGUAGUGGAGGGCAUUUUGGGAGAAAAGAGAAGAAUGGUUUGCCUUCACAAGGCAAAAAUAGUACAGAAAAUAUACACCAUCGUGGGGGAUACUAUGGAGGAUGUUCUUGUGCUUGUACCAGCUCUUACUGCUGUGGAAAAAGUCACGGACUGUAUGAAAGCAAUGUACCUGAUGGCAGAACUGGGAAAAGGGAAGACAAAGAAGUAACCAAACAGUUUGCUGCUGAAGAUUUUCCAUCUUUGAACCCUGAAUAUGAGAGGGAACCAAAGCAGAAUAAAUCUUCAGUUGCAGGUGUGUGGGAGUCCCCUUUGAAUCCUAAAUCUAGUUCUCCAAGAAUGCUAGUCAUUAAAAAGGGCAGUACAAAAGAACUGCAGAUACCUGGAUUCCCAGUAGCAGGAAGACUUCAUUCUCAACCAAUAAGGAAUGGAGCUGGUGCAAGUUUUUAUAAAGGAUUAGUCCCAAAGCCUGUCACUCCACCUACAAAGCCUAAACAGUGGAAACUCCAAUCAAGAGAAAACAAAUAUGGGAAACUGUUUCCAUAUGAGUCUACAUGUGGUGCUGACAACUUCAGUCCUUUCAAAUCGACUGCUAAGGCACUUACUGUAUCACCGAAUUCAGUGAAAGAGUGUAAUCGGUCAAAUUCUUCAUCCCCUGUUGACAAAGUUGGUCAGCCUCAUUUAACAAAGUUGACAAGAAUGCAAACUGAUAAGAAGAGUGAAUUUUUGGAAGCAUUGAAACAAGAUAGAGUGGAAGAGGAACAUGAAAAUGAGAAUGAUGCUGGGCAAGAGAAGGACAAGGAGUCCUUCAGUUUGUGUAACAGCAACAGUCUCUGCCACGAGAGCGAUAUGAACCGAAACUUGGAAAAUGAAAUUCCACAGAGCAACAGCAAGGCUUCAGUUACAUCUCAACAGGCUGUCCCAUCUUCAGCUUUCCCUCAGGCAGAUGCUCUUUCAAGCUCCCUUGAGGCAGAGCAUAGGUUAUUAAAGGAGAUGGGUUGGCAGGAAGACUGUGAAAAUGAUGAAACAUGUGCUCCACUAACAGAGGAUGAGAUGAGAGAGUUCCAAAUAAUUUUUGAACAGUUUAAAAAAAAAGGCCUUCAGAAAAAUGGCAUUUUGAAAAAUGGCCUCAUCUGUGAUUUUAAAUUUAGCCCCUGGAAAAAUGGUGCUUUCAAGUCUGCUCUUGAGAAUGAGGAUUCUGAGACGAGCAGCAGCGAUACGUCAGAUGAUGAUGAUACAUGAAAAA